GCAGUGAGCGCAAAAAAAAACGCAACAAACAGACCAACAGUGAGAGAGCGCGCGCGAGAAAAGGGUAAGAGAGGGAGAAAGACGCAAGCGGCGGCGCGGCUGCCCAAAGAUGGCGGCGUGGCUUUAAAUUGCAAACCCUGCUGCAGCCAAACACACGCACAUACACAUGCACAUAUACGCAUAUGUAUGUACUAUAUAGUAGGCGCAUAUGUAUAGAGUCGUAUUUGAAAUGUGUGUAGUUUAGUUGAGAGUUUAUAUCAUAAUACAUACUGUAUUACAAAUACUGAAAACAGCUUUUUCACAUCUUUUAGUGUCGAUUAGAGAUCGUGGCGCCAAAGUGCAAAUUGUUGUGGCUGAAGCUAAUAGUCAGUCAGUCAGUCAGCAGCGACGCUAGAAGCAGCAGCAGCGCGUGUGUUGGAAUCUCACAAACACACGCGCGCGCGCACACAGGCACAGACAGUGUGGCCGUGUCUCUUUUUGCGUCAACAGUGUGUCGUCUGCGCCUCUGUGUGUGUUAGUAUUUGUGCGCGCGUGCAUUUGUUGUGGACAGCAGCAGGCGGGAGUGUUGGUGGUAGAGCCGGCUAAAAUCCAACAAUGUCCACAUUCGAGCAUGGCCAACCAGAGCUAGACCAAGAACAACAAGAUGAUGAUGAGCACGAGCAAACACAACAACAGCAGCAGUCGCCACAUCCAGGCACACCACAAAAUAGCAUAAAUAAUAAUGAACAAAACAACAAUAACUCAAUUAUGAGCAAAAUGAAGAAGCGCGUAUCCAACAUAUUCACUGAUUCCCUUGGCAAAUGGUUUUCACCCAACGCCAGUGGCAGCGGCGCUGCAUCUACAGAAAAACAGCAGGAGCAGCAGGAAAGACAACAACAGAAUGGCAAACGUAAACGCAGCAGUCGUCGUCGCAUAUUAUUGGACGAUGCUGAUGAUGAUGCACCCGAUGUGGUUGUAGAUAUGGGCCUGAUAGCUCAAGACUUAAACGAAGAGGAGGUGCAACUGGCGGAUAAUAUUGCCGAGCAUGAUCUGGCUGCAGAGGAUGAGCAGACGCGCCGUAAUGAAUAUAAUGUUAGCCUAAUGCGCAGACAGCCGGACAACUUUAUGCCGCCAGUCUAUGAGCCAGACGAUGAGCUCGACGAUGAUGAGGAGGAGGAUGACGAAGAAGACGCUGAGGUGAAUGAUUAUGAUGCUGUUGCCGCCGCCGCCAAUGAACAACAACAACAACCAUCCGGCCGAAUGCGCCUGAACAUGCAACAGCCGCCGCAGAAGCGUAAACGACUUGAGCAAUUGGAAACGACUUUGAGUCCGCAAGUGAAUGCAUCGAGACGUCGUCCGCCGUUGCAUGCCUCAACGCCGGCUGCCACAGCUGCUGCUGGCGGCGAUACGCAGCGCAGUCAUGCGCCACCAAAUCGCUUAACACACUUGAACCUCUACGGACAUCAGCGUCAACGAGAUCCCGCCUAUAAUUUCUUGCUUGCCAACGAGGCGGCGGUGGCCACCAGUGGGGAUUUACCCGUAAGCUCGCGUCGUGCGCUGAAUAUUGCGCCCAUGACGGAACGUCGCGUUCCCGCUUUGCCCAGCUACAAGACGACGCAGAGAUUGCUUGGUGCGCGUUCCAGCCUCAGUAACGUCAAUGAGGAAAGCAGCAGUAAUAGCAACAGCUCUGCGUUACGUCAAGAAACUAACAACAACAACAAUAGUAAUGCUAAUAACAACAAUAAGCCUGCGCUGGGCUCGAACAACAAAGCGGAAAGUGAAAGUUCUGCUUCUGCUGCUGCUACUGCUGGCGCAACAGGUGAAACUAAUCUAAGAAGCAGCGCUGCCAUCAAUAGUAAUUUAUUAUUCUACAAAAACUUGCAAAGCCGCAAAUCUGUGUUCAAUGCACAUCAAGGAGAGCAAGCAAAUCAGCAUCAUAACUCAACGCUCUCGCUCAAUUCGUUGACGCAACGUCGUCGCUUCAAUGCCUCCAUCUAUGGCAGCACCUCGGCCCUAAGCGACAGUCGACUGCUGGGACUAAACAACAGCAGCAGCAGCAGCAACAGUUCACCUUUUUACCAGGGACCCACCGCCUUCGGUGGCUCUGCGGCCAACAGUCGUUACUUUAGCCACAACAAUUCGGCAGCCAGCUCGGCUGGCAGCUCACGCGCCAGCUCGCCGGCGCGUUAUCAGCACAGCAUGCAGCCCGUGCAAAUGCGUCCCAGGCAACAGUCGUCAACGUCGUCGGCAGACAGCGGCAAUGCGCCGCUAUCGAGCACCACACAGCGCAUACUAAGUCUGCUGGAGAGUCAUACAACGCCGCUCAUGGAGGCCAAGAAAAUGGGCAGCAUGCUGCGCGAGCAUCAGCAGCAGCGUCUCAAUCGCAAUGCCAACAAGCCGUACUCAGCUCCCUCAUAUAACAAUAGCUAUAGCAAUAAUAGAAGCGUUAACAAUCAGCAGACGGAAGCAAAUGAAUCGUCGUCGUCGUCGGCACCAUUGGUGUCCAGCAUGUUGCAGCUGUUGGAGAGUCGUCGACUGCUGCGUGUGGCGCCCAAUUCGCGUCAAAUGAUUGCAGACAAACAGCGACAGGAGCAGCAGCCAAUAACAACAACAGCAGAUAAACAAAAGCAGCCAACACAGCAGCAGCCAAAGCUAUUUCAGCAGCUUGCGUCGGUUGGCAGCAGCAGCAUCCAUACAAAUAAAAUGCGCUCACGUUUGUCGUAUCAAACGCGCAAGGAUAAGCGAUCUGCAUUGGAGGAUGAGCUGCCGCCAGCGCCGCCAGUUGAAUUAUCCAAUAUAUGUUUUCCUACAAUGGCACAGCAGCCUAAAUUUGAUUUUCUACUAGCGCCAGCAGCAACAACAACAACAACAACACCAACAGCAGCUGCUGCUGCAAAACCAACAACUAGAAACAACAAUGUUUAUCACUUUGCUGCACCUUUGGCGCUAACAGCCACGGACAAGGACAAAGCUAACAGCAAUGGCUUUCGCUUUCAUUUACCGCGUCAAUUUAUAUUCACGCCACCCACAUCCUUGCUGGACGGAGAGCAAGCGCCAGCGCCUACCAAGCCCAGCAGCUGCUUUCAACUUCCAUUCAAUGGCUUUGCCAGCAGCAGCCACAACAACAGCAGCAGCAUAAGCUUCAGCAGCUGGAACAGCAAACCAAAAUCGAAAACAACAACCACCAGCACCACCACCACCAGCAUAGGCUUUGGCCCAGCUUUCAAGUCUGACGAUAAAUGGGAAUGUGAGGGCUGCACGCUGCAAAAUAAUUUGGAUGUUAACUAUUGCAUUGCCUGCGAAUCGCCGCGACUGACUGAGGAUGGCCUCACAGUGGAAUCGGUUGAAGCUGCUGCGGCUGCUGCAGCAGCUGCUGCAGAGCCAAUCCCAACAGCAGCACCAGCAGCAACAACAACAGCAGCAGCAGCACCGCUUAGCGGCUUCAUUGGCUUUGGCAAUCAAUUCAGCAGACCCGCCAAUAGCUGGCUAUGCGAUGUCUGCAUGUUGUCCAAUGGCGCUGAGGCGUCCAAGUGCAUUUGCUGCGAAGCGCCGCGUGUGGCCAAGACGGCUGCCAGCAAUCAUAGCAGCAACAGUAGCAGCAGCAGCAGCAACGGCGGCAGCGCUAACAGUAACAGCAGCGGCGCCGGCAGCGUUGCCAGCAUCAGCAGCGGCGGCGGCGGCAGCAGCUCUGCGCCUUUCCUUGGCUUCGGUGACGCCUUCAAGCCCAAGGCCGACACUUGGACAUGUGGCAUGUGCAUGAUUAUAAAUCAAAGCAAUGUUGAUGACUGUGUCGCUUGUACAAUGCGCAAUCCCAAAGCUCCGCCCAAGUGCAGCAGCAGCAGCUUCAAUCCAAGCGACAGCAACAACACUACCAACAACAGCAGCAGCUUUAAAUUUGGCUUUGCCAACAGCAACUCAUCGACUGCGCCAGCAGCGGCAGCAACAGCCGCAGCACCAAAAGCUGAUGUUGGCUUUCAGCAGCUGAUUGCUGCUCAAAAGUCAAGCAGCUGGAACUGUGACGUCUGCAUGGCCCAGAACGAUAUGUCGCGCCAGAAAUGCAUUUGCUGUGAGCAACCCAAGCCUGGUGGCAUUAGCACGGGAGCAGCCACUGCCGCGUCGUCGUCGACGUCCAGCGCAACGACUGUGCCCAAGUUUAUGUUUGGCUGCUUUGCUAGCAGCAGCAGCGCCACUGCAACAACAAGCAGCACAACAACUACAACAGCAACAGCAGCAGCAGCAACAACAAGCAGCACACCAGCCACGCAGUUCAAGUUUGGCUUUGCCGCUGCUGGCAAAGAUGCUGCUGAUGGCAGCAAAUCAGCAACAUCUACGACAACAACAGCGCUAAGCACAGCCACAACAACAACAAGCAACAGCUUUGGCAGCAAAGGUUUUACAUUUGACAUGCCAACAGCAACAACAACUGCAACAGCAGCAGCAACAACUACAACGCUGACAAUCCCAACAACAGUCAAACCAGCAGCUGCAUUUGGUAGCCCAGCAGCAGCAGCAACAGAUGCCGCCAAGCCAGUCAUGAGUUUUGGUAGCUUUGCUGUAGCAGCAGCCAAAGCCGCAACAACUACAGCAGCAGCAACACCUCUUUCAUUUGUUGCCAGCACCAGCAGCAUGGCCAAAAGCUCAGCUACAACAGCAACCACUCCUAUGUUUAGCUUUGGUUUAGCUAAAACAGCCACCACAACAACAACAGCGCCAGCAACACCAGCAGCAACAAGCUCCAACUUUAGCUUUGGUGCCGCCAGCAAUGUUAUGAAGCCAACAACACCAGCAGUUUUUAGUUUCAACGCCACAACAACAACAACUCCGCCAAAACUGCCAACUGCCAUUUUCGGGCAACUUACAGCAGCAACACCACCAGCAGCAGCAGCAGCUACACAAACAGCAACAAGCACAGCAACUCCUAUUGCUGCUGCUGCUACCUCAGCAGCCAAAUUUAGCUUUGGCACACCAAAACCAGCAGCAACAGCAGCCUUUAGCUUUGGCUCGCCAGCAGCAGCUGCAGCAACAACAUCAACCUCAACGGCAACAACAUUUGGCGCUGCAACAACAUUUGGUGCUGCAGCAGCAACAACAGCGCCAGCAACAACAUUUGGUGCUGCAGCGCGAGCAGCAACAUUUGGUGGUGCUGCUGCUGCUGCUGCUCCUCCUCCAGCAGCAGCCAACAUAUUCGGUGCUCUAACGAAAGGCGUCGACAACAAUGUUGUCAGCAGCAGCAACAGCGUCACCAAGCCCAUGUUUAGCUUUACCGGCAGCAAUUUGGGCAGCAACGCCUUUGGCGGCGGCAACAACAGCAGCAGCAGCGGCAGCAGCAGUUUCAGCUUUGCUGCCAAGCUGCCUGCAGUAGCAGCAACAACUCAAGCUCAGCAGCUGUCGCUUGGCAACACCAACAGUGUUGUUAGCAGCAGCACUAGCGGCACAACAGCAACAGCCAGCAGCUUUGGCUGGCCAACAGCAGCAGCAGCAACACCAACAGCAACAUCAACAAAUGCUGCGCCAGCAACUUCAUCUGUAUUUGGUAGCAGCACAUUGUUUGGCCAAGCAACAGGCUUUGGCAGCAGCAGCAGCAGCACAGCCUCAACAUCAGCAGCAGCAGCAGCACGAGCAACAGCCAGCUCACAAUUUGGCCCGCUAUCUAAGGUGUCUGCUUCUGUAUUUGCCAAUGUGGGCAAUCCAUUUGCCAAUAGCGCGCCCAAUGUGCUAGGCGGCGGCCAUAAUGCGCCGACAGCAGCAGCACCAGCAGCCGCAGCAGCAGCAACAACAACAUCAACAGCUGCGGCACAAACGCCUUUCAACUUUGGCAGCGCUGCAGCAGCAGCAACUUCGCAAGCAGGUGGCAUCUUUACCUUUGGUGGCGCAGCAGCAGCUACAAAUGCUGCUGCUGGAGCUGCCAAGCCAGCAUUCAAUUUUACAGCAACAGCGACGCCGCCAGCAGCAGCAGCGUUCAACUUUACAGCAAAUGCAGCAACAGCAGCAGCGCCAGCAAAUGUUGCUGGCGGCAUAAAUGAUUUGUUUAAAAAAACGGAGCGUCUGUUUCAAUUUGGUGCCGCUGCUGCUGCACACGCUGCAACGUCUAACGACGGCGCUGCCACUGGCGGCAUUGUUGCCAACAGCGCUGCCGGCAGCAGCAGCAGCAUCGGCGGCGGCGGCCAUCUCUUAGGAGCUGGCAGCAGCGCAUUCACAGCGCCCGCAGCAGCAGCAACAGCAGCCGCCGCAGCAACGGGACAAAUGUUUAAUUUUAGCGCCGCACCAUUAAUGCAGUCUACGCCAAAUGCCAAUUCGCCGUUCCAAUUUGGCGCCGCCGGGGGCGCGCCUGCGCCCAGCACAAAUAUAUUCGCUUUCAACGCGCCCAAUGCAGCCAACAAUGCGCAGAAUCCCAGACGCAAGAUACGGGCACCAAUACGUCGUCUACCGCCGCGGUAGAAGCUAACU